AUGCCGUCCGUGAAGCCAAUACUUCACCCAUUGAAGACCCCCAAGACCACAAAGUUCCCUUCGGAACUCCAUAAUGAGUCGUCAUCAAGCCUUUCAGACGGUGUGAAACAAGAGGAUGGCAUCUCCACACCGAUCACGCCCCCUGCGGCCUACACCGAAUUCCUCAAGGCGUUCACACCCGUCUUCUCGAGCCCCGCCAGUGCGGGGGUGAGCUUCUCAGGCUAUCAUUUUGACAGAGCUGCCUACUCGCCAACAUCACAGCCGGCCAGCGCAAUCAGCGGCUCCUUUGUCUUCAACGAUCCCGUGCGGUCUGCCACCGCGUCGCUUCCACCACCCACGCCCUUCACGGCACCAGUCUCGGGGCCGAGAAGAGACCCAACGAGUCUAAGACGCUUGCGCAUACCCCAAACACUGCGGUAUUCGCCAACAACAGAGUCCCCUCGCAGUGCGACGACCAUGCGCUCUCCCUACUCACCGUCGGAUUGGAAACUGCGCUAUUUUGAUGCGCCGCGGAGCGCGAGCGGCAGAGUCAGCGUGCGCCAUGUGGUGACUCGCACUGUGACCUAUAAGAGGACGCAGCUCGAAGCCCCGCCGAAGGGGAAGCGAAGGAAGUGUCAGGAGGACAAAGAGUCUUGA